AUGAAGAAAAUUAUUUAAGAGAACUUAUCUCCUGAUGAGGCUAAAACUCUAUGGAAAUAUCUUGAUGAUGCUUGUUAUCUGAUUGCUGAACAUCAAAGUAUAAAAUAAUUAAUUGAGGUUUAUAGCUAAGUAAUUAUCUUUCCAAGAAUUGUAUCAACAUGGUUAUAAGUUGACUCUUAAUAAGUUUGGAGAUUUUGCUUAUUCUUAGUUACAAAUUUCUAUUCAUAAUAUAGUGGAUAAACUCAUCUAUUCCCUUAACAUUAGCAAUGAUGAUUAAUUAUUGAAUGAUUUUGUAAAGGCAUAUGAAGAAGUUCAAUAAUUUAGUAAAUUAUUGGCUGGCAUUCUACUUUAUAUGGUAAAUUUCUAUAAUGUAUAAAAUAGGAAAAAACUUAUAUACUCUAGAAGUCUCUUAAGACUAUAAAAACUAUUUGUAACGAAAGUUUUAAAAUUAAGUGUUUUGAGAAAGACUAAAAUCUAGCUACAAAGCUACUUAAUUGUUUUCUUACUCAAAUACGUAAUGAUAGAAAUUCUUAAGUUAUCGAACAUUUUAAAUUAAAAAAUGCAUUAUAAAUACUAGUAAUAAUUUUCAUUUAUUGUAGAUUGACAUCAAUUAAGAAUAAUAGAUUAAAAAUAAAGAAUACAAUUAUAUUAUUGAUUAUAGAAUUAAUGAUGAUUUCUAUAAAUAUUUUCUAGAACGUAAACUUAUUUAAGAUUCUAACCGCUAUUUUAAAGAAGAAAGUUAAUUAAAUCUAAAUAGAAUGACUAUUGAAGAAUAUAUAUUAUUUGUUGAAAAAAGAUAUUAGAAUGAAGUAGAGAGAGUAGAAAGUUAUAUACCUAAAAUUUCACAUUAAAAAGUUUUAGAUUGUUUUAUAAAAAAUUAUAUCACUUAUAAUGCAUAAUAUAUCUCUUAAGGACUCUAUGAUUUUAUUGAAAAUGAAAAGACUACAAUAAUUAUUAAGAUAUUUUAAUUAUUUGUUAAAAGUGAAGAAUUUGAUUUAUUUAUAAAAACCUUAUCUUAGAUUAUUAUUGAUGAUUUAUAAUUGUUGAAUUAGAAUGAUAAUACUCUUUAAGGAUUCAUUAAAUUAUAUGAAAAGAUAUUCUCUUUAUAUGAUAAAAUUGUAUGUUAUGGAAAUAAUGAACAUCAAUAUAAAUUUCAUAAAGCCAUUAAAAGUAUUUCACAUAUUUUUAAUAUUAGAUGCUUUUGAGUAAGUCAUUAAUAAAGACAAUUUUAUAAUGAUGGAAUUAAAUAAAUAUUUUGAUUUUUUAAUGAAAAAAGAGACAUUAAGAGAUGAAGAAAAAAAAAUAUAAAUUGAUAAAGGAUUUUUAAUAUUCAAAUUAGUAUAAUCAAAAGAUGAAUUUGAAUAAAUUUAUAGGAAAUAUCUAUGUGUUAGAUUAUUAGAUUAAACAUCUAGUUCUUUGGAAGUAGAAAAGGAUUUAUUAAAAAAAUUAAGAUUAGAAUGUGGUUCAGUUUUGACUCAUAAGAUGGAAACUAUGUUUAAUGAUUUAUAAAGAAGUAACGAGGAUAGUUAAAAGUUUAGAUAGAAAUUGUCAUCAAAUUUAAGAGAUACAAUUGAUUUAGACAUAUUAGUUCUUACAUCUGAAUAAUGGCCAAUUGAAGAAUCUUAACCUAUUGUAGUUCAUACAGAAUUAUUUUAAUGGCAAUAAUAAUUCACUUAAUAUUAUUAAAGUAAAAAUUAAAAAAGAAAAUUGACAUUUAAUUAUGGACUAGGUUCUGUAUCUCUUAAAGCUACUUUUGAUUCAAAUUGUAAGAAAGAUUUUGUAUGUUCUGUAUUACAAGCUACUAUAUUAAUGCAUUUCAAUAAAUAACGAGUAUAUAAAGUUGAUUAAUUGAUCAAAUUAACAAACACUGAUUAAGAUAUUAUGUAAUCAGAAUUGGAAAAUCUUAUUUUAUUUAAAAUAUUAAUUUAAAAUGAAGAAGAAAAUUCAUUAUAAUUAAAUUACAAAUUUCAACAUCGAAGUUACAAAAUUAAGGUUUAACCAAAAAAAACAUAAUCUUGGGCUAUAUGUUCUAAAUCCAAAACUAAAUAAUCAGAAUUCUAAAUAAAUUAAAAAGAAAUUGUAUUAGAUAGAAGAGUAUAUUUGGAAUCAUUGAUUGUAAGAGUUCUCAAGACAAAGAAAUAAUUGGAUCAUAAAGAUCUUUUUAAAUAUAUUGAUAAAGAUGCUAAAAGCAGACAUUUUCCAGUUGAAAUUCCCUUUUUUAAGGAAUGCAUUGAAAAUUUGAUUCAAAAAGAAUAUUUAAUAAGAUAGGAAGGUUAAUUAGAUACAUAUAUCUAUAAAGCAUGA